CUCACAAGAUUUCGUAAAUCCAUGAUAAAAAAGUGAUAAAAUCAAACACCAAACCAAAUUUGGAUUUAAUUGUAAUUGUUCUUUAAAAUUCUGUAAUUAAUUGUGAAUAUUCAAGAUGUGGGCCGAUACAAUUUUGAUUGUAGCUAUCUCAGUUUGUACAGCUUUACUGGGAGAAGGAUUAAUUUGGUUGCUGGUCUACAGAACAGAAAAAUAUCAAAAAUUGAAAGUAGAAGUCGAAAAAGGAAGCAAGAAACUGGAGAAAAGAAAAGAAGUAUUGAGUGAUUCUUUGGAUAAACAGCAAAAGAAGAAAAUCGAAAGGGAAGAAGAAAGGUUGAAAAACAAUAACCGGGAUAUGUCGCUUGUGAAAAUGAAAUCAAUGUUAGCCAUUGGUUUUGUGUUCACUGCAUUGUUGGGCAUGUUCAAUAGCAUAUUUGAUGGGAGAGUUGUCGCGUAUUUACCUUUUCAUCCUAUCUCAUUGGUACAAAAUCUUACUCAUAGGAACCUACCCGGAGAAAAUUACACCGAAUGUUCAUUCAUUUUCUUAUAUAUUUUAUGCACCAUGUCCAUUCGUCAAAAUAUUCAAAAAUUAUUGGGAUUUGCCCCAUCCAGAGCUGUAGCCAAACAAGGAGCUAGUAUUUUUGGACCAUCCGUAGCUGGACAGCAAUUCAAAUAAAGUAUUCGAGUAUGAUUCGAUAAAAAGGAGAACAAAUAAAGUAUUCGUAUUUUAAUGGGAUAAAACACCGAAUAGUCUUACUUUUGAAACAUUUUUUCAUUAUUUUCAAUGUGUAGUAGAUAAAGGUAUAUAGUAAUUUGAAAACUUCCUUUUAUUGGUUUUAAAACAGAGUUUAUUUGUAAUCAUGAAGUCUGUGAUAAUUUAUCGUAAUUUACUUAUAGUAGUAAAAUAAAAUGCAUUAUUGUUUGAAAAUUAAUUUAUUUUUCAUCUCUGGUAACAAAAUUAAUCGAUAAUAAAACUGGUUUUUGUCUAGUUUAACCGAA